AUGGAGUUUACUGUUUCAGAAGCACCAGCUGAAGCGGUUUGUUCGCCGAGCACGUCAGUGGAUGCGCCAGCUAGCACUAAAGAAGACGAAGAACCUGAGCUAUUUAUCGACAUCGAAUCCGUCGAUAAUCGUCCAGAAGGUCGCGAUCGUCGUCGUGCCUACAUCGACUUUUAUCGCAAAGUGAAAAGUGCACGGCAAAGGGAACCCGGUCCACUUCUGAACUGCGCGUUGUGCGAUUGCCAAGUGUUGAGUAACGACAACGCCAUCCACACUCAUGAUCGGCGAGAUAUCUUAAAACUUUGCGCCGUCAUCCAAGAAUGUUUCCCACGAGCGUGUCCACGAGUGAAGAAGGAAGGUGUACGAGAGUUCGACCUCAUUAUCAAGACCAUAGAUGAGAAACGCUUGAUGGAAGUGAAAUGUGGUCAAUGCGAUGCGGUUGUUAAAGCGACAAAAGCAGCAAUGACAAGACAUGCACAUCAACAUCCCAUGUACAGGUGUAAAGUGUGCAAAUUCACGUCGGAAUACGUUCGAAGCCCAAGAAAAUAA